AUGGCCGACGUCGACAGUUCACAGGAGCCGCGAAGGUCGCAGCGGGAGAAAAAGCAGAGGUCGCAUUUUGUUUCUGUCGACAGCACCCUCCUGAAGCGCAAACGUUCCGACGAAACCACAGAUGCUAGCGACAACGAGGAGGGCGAUUCGCCAGACACCGGCUCGGACCACGAUGCGGCAGAUGUAGAGGACGAGUUCGACGCGCCGAAACCAAAGCAGAAGUCUCCCUCAAAACCUGGCCGCAAACCGAAGGGGCCUCCGCCUGCGAAGAAACCGCGCGUCGCGAAGAAGAGCGUGGCGAUCAAAGCCCCUGCAAAAGUAUCAGCUCCAAAACCCAAGAAGACUACUACGAAGCCAACUACAACUACGCGUAGGGCCAGGCAAAACCCCGCCGCAGCCGCAGGCUUCGACGCGGAGAAGGUCGCACAAGACACGAAGAUCUCGGGAGACAACCCCCUUUUCAAUGCUAUUAUGAACCCUGCGGCUGCUCUGCAGUCGACCGUAGAGGACUAUUUGGAGUCUCUUUCGCGAGCCCCGGGCCUCAGUCUAGCAGAACUUGUCAACUGUAUCCUCCGUACGUGUGGCUGCAACGACACCGUGAACGGUGACGAGGUAGUGGACUAUGAUGGAGUUGUGGAUGCCCUGGAUAAUUUCACAGAGGGGCUUAAGAAGGACGAUUCCCCCAUCUACCCACUGACGUCCAAGCUGCCUGUAUUCAAACGAUUCCGCAAUUCUCUUUCUGAGUUUCUCGAGCGUUUGAUCGCAUCGUCAGCGGAGCUCGGCUCGCUAUAUACGUCGGAUCUCAUGGCAACGCUGCAGACUUGGGUUGUUGCGAUGUCGUCGUCCCAACUUCGCAGCUUCCGGCACACGGCAACAGUCAUUGCCCUUGAAGUGGAGACUGCCCUAUGCGACGUCGCGGCGGCCGUGGAGAAGGAGGCGGAGGUUGUAGGAAGGCAGCGCGAAGGAGAGCGGAAGCGGAAGGCGGCUGCGAAUAAGGGUAAAGGUGGCACCGCGCGCGAGAAGGAGCUCGAAAGUAAAGCUGCCGAAAUACGAGAACGGCGGGCUAACCUUGCCGAAUUCCUGAAAGAAUUCGUUGAUGGCGUCUUCGUGCAUCGCUACCGUGACCUAGAUCCCAACAUCCGUUCGGAAUGUGUUCGAGCGAUGGGGCUGUGGUUCAAGAAGUAUCCUGCACACUUCUUAGAUGGCGCUUAUCUCCGGUAUGUGGGAUGGGUGCUCUCGGAUGCGCAGACCCAGGUGCGCCUCGAGGCUGUGAGAGCACUCGCGUUGGCGUAUGACCAGACAGCCUACAUCGGUGCCGCAGCAUUGCAGCAUUUUACCGAACGGUUCAAGCCACGAUUGGUGGAAAUGGCUGUGGGUGACACGGAACUACCUGUGCGGGUUGCGGUUGUCCAAGUGUUACAAGCGAUCGACGGCCACGGGCUCCUUGAGGACGAGCAGCGCGAGCGCCUUUGCCUUCUCCUCUUCGACGAGGAAGCACGUGUACGCAAGGCUGUUGGAGGAUUCGUUCGCGGUGUCUGGGAAGAGUGCGUAGAAGAGCGCCUGGUGGGUAAGAAACCCAACUCGCGAGACAGGCAGCGAAUACAAUUCAAGGCUCUCGGCAUUCUGCUUGUUAAAUGGGGACGUGCGCUAGAUAAAGCUGCCUCGGACGUCGAUUCGGAGGAUGACGAGAACGACUUGGGCGAAGGACCUUCAAAGCGGACGAAGCUACAGGAGGUUACCACUCUGCUUGGAUCUGAGCGGAAAGGCCGUGUCCCGUUGGCAGUGGAAGCAUUGUGGGAUGAGCUUGAGCCUCUGCGCGACUGGGACAAGCUGCUUGAUAUGCUUCUUCUCGAUCAUUCUGCAGGUGGGGAAGACUCUUCUACCGGUGGCCAAGAUUCGGGUAUUGGGGGCACCGGCAUUGACGAAGCAUGGAGGCUCGAGGAAUCCGAAGAGGCUGUCUUACUGGAAAUGCUCAUUGCUGUGCUUCGAAAAGCUAGAGCGGAUGUUGUGGGUGCGAAAAAGGGAGAAGAUGAAUCUCUUGAUUCAGCUAUUACGAGGGCACUUAUCAAGGCACUCCCUCGGCUCUUUGUAAAGCAUCAGACAGACGACAAUCGGAUGGCGGAUGUGUUAUUGUUGCCCCAGCUCAUGAACCUUGAUCUUUAUCUGGAGAUGCGGAUGAUGACGGCUUAUGCUAAUAUUUGGGAAGAUAUAAACAAGCAAUUUCUCUCACAUUCUUCACCAGUGGUGCUCACUAAUACUGUUGCUACUAUUCGAUAUAUGAUGGAUGCUACCAGUCUUUCGAACACAAACAGUACAAAAAUUAUCGAACUUGAAGACGAGCUAGCGACGUCACUCCGCGAUGCCAUUGCGGGACGUGACGAAAUCGAGAUUGCUUCGUUCAGCGAGGAUGAGGUCCUGUGCCUAUAUGCCAUCUGCGCACGCCUUGGAGCUCUGGUUGGUAUCCGAGAUAUGACAGCAUGGAUGGAGGAGGACGAAGGUGGUAAACAGAGCAGCGCAUGGGAUAUUCUGAGCGCGCUAACUGAGCGAGGAAGACUGGGCUACAAGGAAGAAGAAUUGAUGGUAGACCGAGCGCUUCACGUCCUGGCGCUGCAUAUCAUAUGGAAAGCUCGAAAUUUGACCGCUGCUGUCGACCUCAACUCCGCAGAGCAACAGUUUCAAAAUCGGCUGCGCGAACAGCGUGACUCUCUCAUUGAAAAGCUUCUUGAAUUUGCUGUUGGUACGCAAUCAAACACCGCUGAAGGUGUUCGACGAGCGGCUUUCCAGAACCUCAUGAACCUCCACAUCCUGUUCUGUCCGGCACAAUCGAUGGCUUCAGACGGCUCUCGUUUGCCCACCGCUUCUCUUCCAUUAUCACUGGACGAUGAGGUCCAAUAUCGAUGCGCGGGGUUCAUCCAAGCAGAAAUCGAGCGAUAUGCUGACGAACUUGAGUUUUCCGUACCUGCGCCCGCUGGUGGCAGUGAAGAGGAUGAAGAGAGCGAUGGCAGCCAGUCAGGCGACGAUGUCAACGCGAAACAAACCAAGGGCGGUUCUGGGAAGCGGAGGCAACAUGGCGGCAAGGACUCAGUCGCUCGCCCGACGUCUCGUUCGCAACUUGAGAAGGAAUACGCUUUCAUGGGGGUAAUUGCGACCUUUUUGCGCGCGAUUCGCGCCGGCGUCAUUCACUUCCGGCAUUCUGUCACCAUCCUCACACAUUACGGUCGUCUUGGUCCUGCGUUCGAUAUGUGCUCGAAAGUGAUCGUCGAGAUUCUCCGUGAAGAAGGCAUGUAUAAGGACAAUGGUGCCGUGGUUGUAGAGAUUGUUUGCCAGGCUCUCAGUGAUUCAUUCACCCUUGUCAUUGAAGGCAUCGUCCACACAGAAGAUCACACGGUCGCACUCGCAAAACUGCUUGCAUCCUGCCUUGUCAUUCGUGGUGCCCAGCUAUCUAUCGUCCGGAAGUUGGAUGGACCUCAUAUUGUCAAGAUACACACUACCGCGCUAUCGUGGAUAGGGAAGAAACUCGUGACCUAUGAAUCGAGCAAGAACAAAAAAGCCCGCAACCGCGCUAUCUUAUUUUUCAAAGCCCUGCUUCCCUUGCUCUCCAGUGUCGACAGCCGCGAUGCCCUGACAAUCAAAGCGCACCUUGACCAAGUGAUUGCUCAAGGUAGGUUGGAAAUCUCUGCCACUGCCAAGCCAUGGGACCCCUACCGCGCCUAUGAAAAACGACUUGCUACGGCUAUGUCAAAAGACAAAGGUAAUCGUCCUUUAUGCUCAAUGAACCAACACGCUCAUGUCUGA